GGCGCCGGAAAGAAAACGGUAAUUCUGUUUCACGAGAGUUUGCGAGAUUUUGUUCCCUGACAACCUGAAAUUCUCCAGAGUAAAUAAUAUAGUCAUCUUCUCCAUUGAUAAUUCUAUCCGUUGCUAAAUUUUAUAUUUGGUUAUUAAAAAAUGACGUCUUACAGGGUGAGUAAGAAAUUCUAUUAGAAUUUACAGUUUACAAGUACUUGACUAAGUAAAGGCCUAACCAAAUUUAAUAUAAGGGAUACGCGCACGCCCCAUGGGAUUUCAAAUACGUUUUUUAAUUUUUAGGAAGAAAAAUUCAGAAAAUUGUUUUAAUUUUGACAAUUUAGAUUUAGAGGCAUCGCUCACUACUAGUAUGUUUGUAGCAUUAUACCAACUUGACCUUAAAUUAUACCAUAAUAAUAUAUAUAGGCCUAAAUUAUAUCAAUAUAGGCCUAGUUAGUAUUACUUACUUAAUAAAGUAAGCCUUAGCCUUAGCCUUAGGCUUAGGCUUAGAACUAUUAACUAAUUAUAAAAAUUUGAAUUUGUAGGUUUAAAAAAUGCCCUUAAAAUCUAAAAAAAAUUAUUAAAACUAAGUUUAGUUAGAUUUGUAUUUAUAAUCUUGUAUUAAUUCUGUGAGCCUUGGGGGACACUUGUUGAGUUGUCAUUGUCAUAAAAUAAAAUAACUAAUAAGUAAAUAGUAGGUUGAAAACAGCAGUAGCAGCUAGCACUAGUAGCUAGGUUUAAGUUUAACACUUACUAGUAGAGGUAGUGCCUACUAGGUGGAAGCAGAGCAGUGGCAAGCAAAACUUUCAGUUCAGCCGAUCAACUCUUAAUUUAGGUGCUCUCUUCCCUCAAAAAAUGGACAUGUAUAUAUAUAUAGUUAUAUAUACCGGUAUGAUAUUAUAUGAUAUAUUGUAUGAUAUGAAAAAUGACUAUUCCCCCAUAUUCCUUCAUGGCCCUGGGGGGGAAGAAUUUAUUUUCUAAACAUUUACCAGGUACCUGUAAUAAAAAUAUUAAGGGUUACAGUACAACAAAUAACAUAUCAUAAAUAAUAAACUAUGAUAUGACAUGACAUAGUUAUAAUUUAUGAUGUACUUUCAAUAGUGUUUUUCAAACUUUUAAAAUCUCUCCUCGACUAAGCACCUAAAAAGGUUUAUUUCGCCCUUCCUACAUCCCCCACUCACCUCAAAUGAAGAGCUAAAAAAAUACAAUAAGUGAAAUAUAUUUGUAUUGCAAUCAAUAGCAAACCUUAACAGUGGUUAACUUUUAACAAAUUGUUAAUUUACAUCUUCUUGUUAAAAUUAAAAUGCAAAUACAUUUCUUUUAUCAGAUAUCAGUACUAAAUGAGCCCCCAUAAUCUUCAAAUUGCCCCCCUGUGGAUUGUACACAUCACAUUGGGAAACACUGAUUUAGAUAGAAUAUAAGGGUACUGGGAUAUAAUUAUGCAGGGCCUUCUAGAGGCCUCGUUUAAGACCUCAUUGUAUUACCCAAUAUAAAGUCAUGUCACUAUGAAAUCACCUUGGCCCUGGUGAUUCCUAACAAUCCAUUUUUUUGUGAAGUGUUUUAAAAUAGAUGUUGUGAAAAAGUAUUUAUUAUUAUGACUUAAAUAAGGAAUUGAAUUGAAUAUUUAUUGAAAUUCAGUCUACAUCCUUCAGUAACCAGUACUUCAAAAUAGAAAAAUUGAAAUUCAUCCAUGACUUUUAGCUAUGAUAAUAUCCAGUAAAUAUAUGAAAGUACUGGUAAUUUUUGUUUAAAUUUGAGGUCUAAUAUUAAUAUGAUGACUCCCCGUCCCCUGGAUAUGGCCUGCUGUGACAAUGAUUACGGCUAAUAAUCGUUCGAGAUGCCAUGACGUAUGUUUGGUAGAGUCACUUCCCUUUGUUUAUUUUUAGAGAAUUAUUUUGUUGACACCUCACGUGACUUCACGUUGGGUGUCAACCAAGAUGGCGGCCAUUAAGAAAAUAGUGGCAUCUCCAAUGACUAUUUACCAUGAUUACAUCAUAUAUAUUUGAGUUAAUAAGCCAUGGCUAUGGCUGCAAUGGUGCCAGUGAUAUUCUUUGGCCUCUUACAUGCUUGUCAACAUAUAAAAAUGACAUAAAAAUAAAUGGAAUUUGGUCAAUGAAUAUAGAGCAUUAGCUGCCUUUGUUGUGUGCUACUUUCCUAAAACCCCAGUAUGAUGCCCCCACACUAUAAUGUGAAAUUGGGUACAACAAGGUCCUGACAUGAUUUCCAAAAAACAUGCAUCAACUCUACCCCAAUAUUAAAGUGAUUUGUUUUUAUUUAAUUUAAUUAACUUUAUAGACCCUAAUCAUCACUUUAUAGCUAUUACAAGGAUGUUUCACUGUAAUGGUCACUCUAGUUUAUAGAAAUGACUAAAUUUAUAUAAAUAACUGGUGUGUUCUUCAUUUUUAUUUUGUUAAUUUUUUAUUUUAAAUUCCUUUUCAGCCUUCUGAUUGCAAAAGGGAAGAAUUUAGAAAAUACUUAGAAAAAGCAGGCAUCGUUGAUAUCCUCACUAAAAGUAAGAAAUUCACUUAAGAGUCAAAAUAAUCUUUUUUUUAAAUAAAAAAUCAAUUAUAUUAAAUUCGCUGUUGUUCGUGACUGGCUGGCAAAAUCUUCGGAUGGCUAAUUGACCCACUUCCAGUCAAUAUAUCGAGCUGAAAAUUGACACAUAGUAAUGAAAUUACUGAUAACAGCACUAAAUGAGAUUCUUUUUAAAAAAUGUUUUGAAAGUGCAUUUUGUGCUUAAUACUUUAUUUUGUUUUUUCUGAAAUAGUUGGUGAAAUAAAUAUGUGAUGUAAAAGCGAGUGGGUCACUAGAAUAUUGAUACAGUUCAGGGACAUGAAGAAUAUGUGCAAUUGCAGUGGGGAGGGGGGGGGGGGGCUCGACGCCACACACCACUUAUUGGGAUUCUUAUAAAGUGCAUUACUGGUAUGGAUGUUUGGUUGAAUUUUCAACCCCACCCAGCAUUGCUCGAUAUUAUAAAAGGAUUUAUAUGAAAACUUUCUUUUUAGUGAUUGUUUAAUUACUAAAAAGUCAAUUAUUUUCCUGCUCACGUAACUCUUAGUGGUCUACUCCAGAGAUUGGCAAAUGUUUUUUCGUUAAGGGCCAAUAGUAAAUAUUCCACACGCUGCAGGGCAAGUGGAAAUUUUACUAUUUAGGGGGAUAUGGGCCAGAAUUAUUUUUUUUCUGGGAGCAAAUUGGACACAUUCCCUCAUGAAAAUUGGGUUCAAAUUUUCCUUCAUGUUUAAACAAUUAAGGAGGGAGAAUAUAAUCUUUAUAUGCAGGUGAAGAAUUCAAAAGGGUGGGUAUGGUGGACAUGCUUUUGGUAAUUUUUAAGAGCAGAAACUUAAGGGGUGAGGCUGACAGGUCUUGGGUCUCAAGUUAACCACAUCAUGAGAAAAAAAGGCAAAAAUGUAUGGUUGGCCACAGUUUGUGUGAUGUCUGCACCACCACAUUAUGGGUACCGGUACUUUAAGUUUAUGAUCUAUCCAGAGUUGAAUUUGAAAAAAAAAAUGUAUGGUAUUGUAAGAGAAAGCAUUGCUCAUACCACCCCAUUCCUGGUCAUUUGCAAAAUAUACAUACUGGUACCGGGGUACAUUAAAAAAAAUUAACUUGUCUCUAAAAAUCCACUUAUUUUAAUUGCUCUGUCCAACUUCAAUGGGAUAUAGCCUAUUUUAUUUGACCAAUCAUCAACAUUGCCAAUUAUAAGCUUGGCUGCCACAAAGAUCCAAGCAAUGGCAUGCUGGAGAUUAUAGGGUAGGCAUUUUCUGUAGUGUAACCCAUUUUUUUAAAAAAUCCAUAAACUUUUAAAAGUGUAAUUUAAAAAAAAAAAAAUAAACAUAUAAACACUUAAUUCUAUUUCAGUACUGGUAGCACUGUAUGAAGAACCAGAAAAACCAAAUAAUGCAUUGGAGUAUCCUUUUUUCUCAUGAUGAAAUAAUGAAAGAAUCAAUUUGCAUAAUAAAGCAAGUUCUGUAGAGGAUUUAUGUUGUGGCAAAUGCUAUAUGGGUAUAGUAUAGUAUAAAGGCCAAUUUAGUAUGGCCCAGUAAUUACAACUUAAGAUUUCAUAGAAAGAAUGUCAUUGAUUUUACUACUUCUAGGGAUUAUUUUUACAGCUGGUUUUGUGUCACAAUAUAACUUCACUUGGCUACAUUUAUAACUGAUCUUAUCAUUCCUAUUCUAGUAUUAUUAAAUCUGGCACCCAGUCACCAAUGUAAACAUAGAAUCUUGUUUAUUUAAGGUAGUUUGUAAAGGAUUAUUGUCUCAUGUUAAAUAAAUUUGGGGAAGAGUGUUCUUAAAUAAUUGAGUACCACUGGUAUGAACUAUAAUUAACUAAAAAGCAAUCAAUCCGAACUACAUUUUCCUGUACCAGUACCUAAAUAUUGAAAAUACCGGUAUGUAUUAUUUCGAAAUACAAUAACAGAUAUUCUACCAGACCUGUUUACUCUUACGAUUUUGGCGUACAAUGUACAAUUUUGAGGUGUAUACAUUAUAUAUACUGUAUGUAAAUUUUUUUACUAUUAAGAUAAUGUGUGUAACUAUUUUGUGAUGAUAUUGUACGAUUUUAAGAGUUUGAGGGUAAACAGGUCUGCUUUACUAUAUUCCUUGACAAUUUUAAGUUUCUUAAAGCAGCAUCUGAAUGCAUGUGGACCCGAGACAGCUGAUGUAGAAGCCCUUAAAUUGGAAGUAACAGAACUCAGACAAAAAUGUGAGCAGCUACAAGAGGAGAACACUGAGCUCAAAGCAAGAGUAAGUUAAAAUUAGAUUGAAAGAACUUGAAAUAAUAUUGAUAAAUCAUAAUUUUUUGUUAAUGUUUCUGAUUUAAAAAAUUUGGGAAUUGGGGUUGACUGAAAUAUAAGAGUAUCUGAAAACAUUGACAAAUGCUUUGAGGCUAAAAUAAACAAAAUACUUUUUUUUUGUAAAUUCCCUUUUUUGUAGGGUACCUGUAUUAAAAAGAUUAAUUAUUAAAUAAAUAUAGAUUACAUUUUCUUUUGUACAAUAGGGAAAAUGUUAACAUUUAUAAUUUAUGGUCUUGAGAUAAUCAUAGCAUAUUUUAAGUCCUUGAUAUACUAGCUUGCCAAGAUAGCCUAUCAUAAAUCGAAAAACAUUUCUUCGGGUGGACCAUCUUCAUAGUUGCUUUGUGCUUUUACAAAUGAACUCCCUAUAUAACAUAUUAGUUAUCUAUUAGUCUAGUGAAAACUAUAAACUACAAGUCCACUGUUCGCCUUUUAUGUUUUCCUGCAUGUGAUGUUAUUAUUUUAUUCAGCUGAAAUCUAGGGCUCAGUAGACACGUGGCUCUUUGAAGGAAUAGAAUGCAGCUUUUUUUUUUACUAAACUAUGGGUUAGUGUAGUAAUGUGACUCCCAUAAUAUUUUCUAAGCAGCCAUAAUUUAUAAAAAUGGCUCCUCAAUCAAAAAGGUUGCGGACCUCUAAGCUGAACCAAAGAUUAUUUUCACUACCAAUACGCAAAAUGUCCAGCUAUCGCAACAUACAUUUUAACAUGGCUUACACUGAUUUUCUUUUAAUUGGGACAGGUGACUGUGUACUGCUAUAUGUGCAUGUGUACAAGUACAAAACUGUAUGGGUUCAAUUUUUAUGAAAAUUUGACUUUUUUUGCUUAGGCUACCUAAUAUAAGGAUAGUAUCUUGCUCCACAUCUCUGCCUGAGGCACCUGAUGCUUACUUCUGAAUUAAAUUUGAUCUCAUUUCUUUGUAGUAUUGUUACUUUUUAAUGACCUGAUAUCUUUUGAAAAAACUGGAUCAUGCUUGAAUAUUUUUUUCUAAAGAGUCGCACACAAAAAUUGGAUACAGAAUAGUAAACUGUAAUAGAUCUCUGUCAUUAUGAUAACUAUGAAUUCACUGAAUUCUGUGUAACCACAAUUAAAGCUUAACCUAUAUUUUUUUUACACACAUUUUGUGCUCUCAUUAAUUCAUUAAUCUACCUGAACGUUUUAUCAUGUUUCAACACUCUUAAUGAGACUGUUACGCACUGACUUGUAUUGGGAGAAAUUAAUCUCCUAUUUUAAUUUUAAUUGGCUCGUUGUAAUCAGUGCCUAACAAAGGACGAUACCACAGAAUCAACAAUAUUAAAGAUACGACCCAAAACAGUUUCUAGUUACAAUUAAUUAAGAUUUAUUAUGUCUAAAGAUAAUUACGAAAGAAAAUAAAAUCACAAUCUUCAACUUACAGUAUGGUGGAUCUCGUACCGGUACACAGUUAAUACAAUUAGAAAUAAUGAUGCCAAUAAAUAAUGCGAAAUAAACACAUAUGAGCACACAAAUACACAAAGAAUAAAACACGCCUCGUAAUGUUAAGAAAAUCUAUCUGAAAAAUCUCCGUCUUCUCUGUAUCUGUAAAUCCUUAUAUACAUGUAGCGUAAGACGCUUCCAGAAAUACCUAUUACGUGUUGUUUACAUACCUCGGGUUAAGGAGUAGAUUCGAGAAAUUACCCGGUGACAUUCUACCCAAUGCGUAAUUGGAAGCCGAUUGUAAACACGAUACUUCAAAGGCCUAAGCCACACCCCUUUGUGAACACAGCGUCUCAUGCGGGGUCAAUCAGAGGGCACGCACGAGAAAUAUUAUGUAAACAAGCUCUCUAUGAGACACAAACAAUUUCUGUAAAUAAAACAGUAUAUGUUAAAACUUAAAUUAAUAAUUAUGAUAAGACCACAUACUAAUUCAAACAUUUCGGCUGAUGCUUAGUCAAUCAGUAAGCGCUCUGGGCCAAUUCUGCUAUCGUAUUUCAAUUAAUGAAUGCCUUUUUUAUCUUGAAUUAAAUUUUAUCAUUUCAAUCAUGACAAUGACAUUGUAAAAUGAUACAAAUUUUAUAUUUCUUCCUCCCAUGUACCGUUACUUGUAUUAUAUAUAUAUAUGGAGAACUGUUAACCAAAUAUUACCAUAAAUAAAACAUAAAAGAUAAUGAUUAUGUUAUAUGAUGACUUUUUAUUUAGAAUUAGUAGAUUGCAGAUGUGUUUUGUUUUCAUUUUAUCAUACUAACAAUUUAAUACUUGCAGUGAUUACAUGUGCAGACAGGAAAUUUUGUAGAGUAAUUUACAUCCACAUAAUUGAUUCAACAAAUAUUAGUUAAAAUAUUUAUAUAUAAUGAUGAAUCCAGAAUAUAACGAAAUUUACCUUAAGUAACUUUAGCUAGGUCUAUUUUUUAAAUUAAUGUCCUACAGCAGUGGUCGGCAAAUUGCAGCGCUAGCCCAUGCGGCUCUUUGUGCGACUCGGCCACAAAUUAUUUUUGACUCAGAAAAACAUGGUUCUUGACAGGUUCUUGAAAAGAAAUUUAGCUCUCAAAAAUUUUUUAAUUGUCCUGCUUCUGAUUUUUGGCUUUUUUAACUAAUGAGUUUACUGACCACUGGCCUAGAAGUACAGGUAUAAUAAUUUGUUUCUGAUUCUAUACAUUACAGAUCCAGCAAUUAGAACCACCAAUAGAACCAGAUGUUCCAGAAAAUUAGGAGCCUCCUGUUACAAAUCAAGAUGCAUACCAAGUGCAAACUUUUUUUUUUUUAAUUGUGGUAAUAAAAACCACCACUAUUAUCUUUUAUAAAAAUGUUUUCUUGUAACCUGGUCACUCAUGUUUUACUUUUUAAAAUUUAGUUUGUAUUUCUUUUGAAUGAGGGAUGUAAGAUCUGACAAUAGUUAAGCAUGAAAAAAAAAUUACCGGUACUCCUCACUUUUUUGUGUAGACAGGUUCAGGUAUACCUAAAUAGGCUGAAAAUUUACUGGAUAACUUGUUCUAAAAUGUAAAGCCAACUUUUGGGGGAAAUGUUUAAGGGAAUAAGUGGGGUGAUUGGCUCAUGAGCAGGUCACGGGAUUUUUAAAAAAAAUUUCUAGGUACUGGUAUUUUGAAUUAACUAUUUUAAAUUUAAUCAAUGUACAGUGAAAAAAAAUUAAUUGAGUGAAGUCACUGUCAAGUGCUGUGGAAAAUUGGGUGACAGGCUUGGAUUCUCACACUGCAUUGUAACAAUGUCAUAUUAUAAGAUUGUAGCAUUAGUUGAAAUCUAUUUUGAGAAGACAUCACCUGACCUAUAUUUAAUACCAGUUACAGUACAGACUGCUGUCACUAAAAUGUGAACUACUGUUACCCAUACUAAAAAAAAUUAAUUGAUGAUGAUGAUGAUAAUAAAAAAAUUAAUGUUUCCAAAGAAGAGGCGACCACAUAUUUCUUUCCAAGGGCAGUCAUCUUUUUUUUUGAAUGUUCAUCAUGGUUAGACACAUGAAGCCAUUUCCAGUCUAUUAUACUAUUAUAAUUAUACUGUAUGUUUAAAGGUUUUUAAGUCUCUUACUUAAUAAUUAUUUUUAAAGUUUGUUAUUAUUUAUACUGGCAUAUUAUUUUAUGGGGUCGACUAAUGUGCCGGCUUUACACUUUUCAGGCAUUUCCGACCGGGGGGGGGGGGCUGGGGGUGGUUUCCCGUCGUCCAAGCUUUUGACCAGCGUGGCUUUGGAGCAAGUGUAUGAAAUAGUACCAAAAUUUCAAAAAUUAAUUGUUUAAAUUAUAAAAAUUAUUGUAUUUUUUUUUAAAAAAAUGAAAGGAAAUUUACAUAUUAUUUUAUGGGGUCGACUAAUGUGCCGGCUUUACACUUUUCAGGCAUUUCCGACCGGGGGGGGGGGGCUGGGGGUGGUUUCCCGUCGUCCAAGCUUUUGACCAGCGUGGCUUUAGAGCAAGUGUAUGAAAUAGUACCAAAAUUUCAAAAAUUAAUUGUUUAAAUUAUAAAAAUUAUUGUAUUUUUUUUUAAAAAAAUGAAAGGAAAUUUCACGCAAUUGAAAGCAUUUAACACCAAGACAGUGAUCAUUAAUAUAUACUGGUCACUGGUACAAAAUAAAAUGAAGACAGUAACUUUUUUUUUUUGAAGACUUAGCACUAAAAUUCUCAUCAAAGGAUGCAAUAAUAUCUAAAAGCUGGGCGUUCUACGUGAAGAUUUAUGCUAAUACUACAAUACUAAUGACCACUUCUGAUGCAGAUUUUAUUUAAACAUCUUUAACAUGUUAUUAGCCAUGGUUUUACAAAUUAAAUUUGUGAUCAGUAAAUGAGAUGAAAUAUCGAAUCAAAUUUUGCUUGUCCUUAAAUUAAAUUUAAAAGAUGUGGUAUGUUAUAUUUAAAAAGCAAUUUAUCGAAAUAGCACCCUACUAUAACAUGUGGACUUGUAACACAAACAUCUAUCAAUUUUUUAUUGCUAAAAGAAGAAAUCAAAAUUAUAUUUUUUGUCAAAGAUAUUUAAUUUGCAAUCAAACAAAGCCUUUAAAAAAUACAAAAUGACUUAAGUUAAGAACACAAAAAAUAUUUAAGAUCCUCCUUAAUUUUUAUUUUACCAAGUCCAUGCCCAGCAAAAAAUGGCUGCAAAAUUUAUAGUAAUGAAAUUUCAGAGGCAAAUAAAAAGCACACUAGGAUUUUACAACUUUUUCUGCUUGUCGACGUUUUACAUCCCAGUUGUAAACACGAGCCAUAUCUGAUUAAUGUUAAGGAUAGUAAAAAAAAUAAAUUAUAAUAAUCAUUAGUUUUAGUAACAUUGAAAAGACACUAAUUGGAACUCUGUAGAAGAUGUGAUAAAUACUGCAUAAAACUUCCCUGAAAUUCACAACAUUCUUAUUGAGUCCAAUAUUUGCACCAUUUCAGCUAGGAAGUGUUGAUAUACGUGAUGAUAAGGCCAUCCAUGUAAUACAUAUGUAUAAGUAAGGGAGUGGAGGGUGUUGGUUUAGGAGAUUUUUGCUAUUUGUGUUCAGCUACGCCUGUAGUUUUUAAACUUUUUCAAUUCCUUGCGACCCAGCCUAAUCCAAGUUGCAGUAUGUCAAAUUGUGAUGGGUUAGAUCAGGCCUGCACAACAUACGGCCCUCGGGCUGCAUGGGGUCCGCCAGCACCCACUUUGAGGCCCGCGAAGUAACGAAAUAUUUUUUAUUCUUUUAUAUUCUUAAUAGCUUUCCCCCUCUGUCCUAUUUUCUUUUGGCCCACACAAGAAUUUUCAUAAAGUAAAGAGGCCCGUCUUACAUUUUGAGUUGUGCAGGCCUGGGUUAGAUAAACCUCCAACCCGAUGGUUUGUCUUGUAACAAUUAAAAUAGAAUUAUGGAAAUUGUGUAAUAUUUUGCUGCAGGACCAUUGUGUUACAACAAAAACAUUUUUAAAACUGUCAUAUGUUGUCUCUAAAAAAAAAUACAAUUCUUUCUUUUAAUUUUCUUUCUUUUUCAAAGGGGGGGAAGGGGUGUUAUAAAGUUUAUUUGUACAGAUACGCACCCAUUGGGGGGAGGGGUGCAAUGAAAAAAUAUUAUUUUAUUACUACCCCAUAUGAAUGGCCCCUAAUUAAGGCUUCAAUUUAAAAUAUGAACAAUUUUAGAGCUAGCACCAUUACUGCUCCAUGAUGAGUGUAUCAAGUCGUUUCAAUGCAACUUUGAGUGAGAUCAUGAUUCUAUACACAACCAUACAGAUUGCCUUGAAACUAAAUGUUUCUAUUUCUAUGCCCUUCAUAUUCAUAGUUAAAUAUUUUUCUGGGUACCCGUAUUUAAUUUAUGAAAUUGAAUUUUUUUUCUUUCAAUAAAAUUACUGCCAUUUAAAAGAAAUUCUACAACUACACACAGAAUAAAAAUAGGAAAAAUGCUUACACUAAUCCAUAUUUUGAGAAGGGGCUUAAACAUUCUUUGUGGUCACAGCUAAGUUAAAGUAGCAUGUAAUGUGGCGUAGAACCAGCUCCCCGCUCAAGUAUCCCCCCUCACCCAGAUCAAAUCUAGUAAUGAAAAAGUGUCAAGAUAGAAGACAUGAAAUGUUUCAGGAAUUUAAUUUUAAUGGCCUGAUUUUUAUGUACAGAGCCCAUUAUAAAAAUUAUCCAAAUGAGCAGUAGAAAUAUGCUUUAAAAUGUUAAAUGAACAAUAGAAAAAGGUUGAAAACCACUGUGAUAAGGAGUGUGAGAUAUUUACUAGAAAAAUUCCACACAAAAAAAACAUUUUCAGAGAAUAGAUCCCCUGCAUUUGAAAUAUUGAACUCACUGAACUCAGAAAAUGAUAUUUAUAACUACAAAAAUAAUUUUCUAAUCUAUCCUGGAAGCAUUGGGAGUGCUAUGCAAAAUUGAUAUACAACCUCUAAAGGAUCUUACUACAUCUACCAGUACCAGAAUGUAAAAAGUGGAGGAUUUAUAAAAAUAUUCUCUUGCUGCCUACAAAUAAACUAAUACAGUGAAAUUCUGUUAAUAGUAACCCGGCUGAUGAUAGAGGAGGAAAUGGUCUAUAAUAAUGUAACUAUAACUGUAACACUGUAAAAAUAAACAUUUGGAACCAACUGUAAAUGAGCUGUUGAUAAAUUCAGGGAAGAAGAAGAAAACCAGUCGAAAAUUAAUGUUCCCAAUAAAACUAUUAAGGCCAUUUUAGAAUUGUUAGAAUAGAAAACAGAAUGAAUGAAAUGAUAGAUGUCGAUUGAUGAUUAGCCAGAAAACUUGCAAUAUAUUACUGAUACUGGUACCCAAUGAAAAAAAGAAGAUGGGUAAUUCUUAAUAAUUUUUUAACAAGGAUACUGACUUCCAACGUAGUCAUUUGAUCACGAAUAAACAACAGGUCAUCUUCUACUUGACUAAGAGACUUUUUGGCAGCAUCUAGAUUUUUCAUCAACACAUCAUCAGCUUCAUUAAUCUCAUAUUCAAGCAUUACAUUAGCC